UGCGGGAGUGGUGUGUUAUAUCUUGCUUUUGUGAAACUUGCUACGGCUCACUGAGAAUACCCUGCGAGGCUCCGCGAGGCUUGUAACAGCGCUAUUGUGUAAUAUAUAUGUAAACGGUCGUAGCAACAAGACUAGCGCAUCGCUGCCCUACAUUAGUCGUGAAUUUAGUAAAGUUAAACGCAGCGCGAACUGACGACGUCGAAUAUCCAAAAAACCGCAGCAUCGGCUGGUACACUGCCAGCCGUCAUGCCAAAAAAGUUUUGACGCCCAUGAGUUUCCUCGGCUGCGACAACAACAGCUUCGCUAUGAGGGGACUGCACCAGAUCCUGGUCGAAGUGAAACCUGAACUGAAACCGCUGCCCGGCGUCGCUCUGCUGGCAAAGUCGCACGGCAUCAAAGUACCGCCGAAUGAUCGCUAUUCGUACGGGGUUGACUGCGAUGAAGUCUACCCGGGCAUCUUCGUCGGUGACGAAGGUGCUGCACGCAACAAGCACUACCUGCGUGGUCUAGGUGUGACCCAUGUACUCAACACUGCGGAGGGUUCCCAGUUUGGUCAGGUGGACACAAGCCAGGCAUUUUAUAACAGCCAUGGCAUCUCUUACUUGGGCCUACGCCUUGUUGACAUACCACAGGAAGACAUCGCAGCACACUUUGACAAAUGCGCCAACUUUAUUGAUGACUGCCUUGAGAACAAUGGUAAAGUACUGGUGAACUGCCGCAUGGGAAUGUCACGAUCUGCAACCAUAGCCAUUGCCUACUUGAUGAUCAAGAAAGGAAUGACGGUUGAUGAUGGCCUGCGCACUCUACGCAUGAACCGGGCAGUACGACCCAAUAAUGGCUUCCUUUUGCAACUUGUCCAGCUGGAUGCAAAAUUGCGCAGCUAAAGGAGACUCUUCAGCAUUUCAUUGGCGUUGCCUCAGUGUUUGAUGCUCAGCAGGAAAAUCAUCCAGCCUCAGUUCUGGGAGGAAUGCUGUGCUGGUUUAUGUAUAUCAACCAGCUCUUCAACAUGUUCGCAUAUUCUCUUUGACCGCUGUGUGAAAUUCUAGAUGGCCACGUCUGAGGGUGGCAGGUUCAGGGGUUGCCCAUUUUCUUAGAAACAACAGUGGCAUAGAAACUCGAAAACUUCUAUUCAUUACACGCUUGUGUAAAAAAUGUAUGAUGGUUGUUUUCUUAGAAUAAGAGAGCUGAGCUAGUUGGUAAGUAUUCAUUCUAAAAAGACAGGGCGUGCGAACACGGACACAAGAAAGAAGUCAGGACACCACAAACUCCGACUAACAACUGAAGAGACGCACAACGGCGGAAAAGAAAGAAGGCACGAAAACUUAUCUGCGCACGCCCAUGCAAUAGGCGAACCUAUCAAUCCGGCAUGCGUGGGGGUCUACGUGGAAGAUAACUGUUAAGGCAUUUGAUUUCAUCUUUAUGCAAGUUAAUCGAUGGUUGGCUCACGCAUGCGCUACCACUAUUCUCGAUAUGCCAUGCCUGAAUCAUCAGGCGCGUUUCUUCAUUUCUGUGCCGGUACAACGCUGCGCAUUCAUUGAAUUUUGGCGUGCACUUACACUCUUGACAAUGUAAAGAUAGAUUAGAAGGUGAGCCUCCGGUUUGCGAUCUCUCAUGUUUCAAUAAUCUCUGGUUAAUGCAGCGGCCGGUCUGUCCUACGUAGAAGCGGCCGCUGCUGGAAGGGACCUUAUACACCACACUUGUACAGCAAUCAGUGAAUUUGUUGGUGUGUUUUACGAAACAAAUAUUGGUCCACUUCUUGUCUUUUACUCGCUCAUUCUUCCUCUGCACAGCGGCACAAAUCUUACCUAGCUUAUUGGCAGCCGUGAAAGCAACAUUAACGCCGUAUCUACUUCCUACUUUCUUUAGCCUGUGAGAUACGCAAUGAAUGUACGGUAUACCUACGACACAUUCCUUCCUAUCGCUUUCUGCAACCAUGCACGGACCUAACAUAAUGGACUUCUUUAAACGUUCAAAGACAGUAGUCACGCAUCACGCGGAUAACCUACAUCUAAAAGGCACGUAACCUGUGCGUUAAAGCUAUCACUCAUUUUGUGCUCACACGACUUGGUGAGGGCUGACUUAAAGGAGCACUGACACAAAAUUUCGAAGGCGAGAUAACCCAUGUGAUGGAUUUAUGUGGACACAAACGCAUCAUCUACGAAAUAUCAACGGAUAAUAUAGCCUAGAACAUAUUUAAAAUCACGUUUAAAGUGCGCGUCGCCCCACUCCACGGGAAAUGCGCCUUUGGUGUCCUAGUAAACAACCAACGGCCACCUGCGUAACGAGUUUGUGUUGGCUGCCACGAUUGUUGCGGGCGCUCUCUCCCACAGACUCCUAGCAGACCUUUUCAACGGAAAGAAGGGGAGACUUGCACGGGAGUACAAAGGCUGAUGUCCUCCUCGCCUCGGCAGUGCAUCUUGGGGGAGUCACGCAUAUUUACAACGCCUCAGAGGGCAUUGUAGCAGCACCAGGAAGCCUUCGUUGAAAAGAGUUGUCGACGCGGUGCUCAUGUGCACGCGGUUUUGUGUGCUCACGUAGCCAGCUAUGCUUACACAGCCACCACUCUGGGUCCUGCCUCCCUCGGCGCUCUUUGAAACCGAAACUGCGACUGGGCGCUAUAAAACAGUCUCCAAAUAAUUAACGAUUGCACGCUCAAGCAAACGAGCUUUCCAGCCGUGAUAAGUGGGUCGUUAACUAUUUAUCGCAACAGAAAAAACAAGAUGCAAAAUUUUGGUGUCAGUGCCCCUUUAAGGCAAGACAUGGCGAUACCGUUUUUUACAACCUUCGAGUGCUUCGACGCAAAAUUUAACAGUGGUUUCGAAGAUCUAGGAGAAUACUGCCAGCACACGUGGUUAUUAUGAAACGUUAAGGAAAUGUCUAGAAAUUGUAUUCCGUUAUGCUGAGGCACCUCUUUAGUGAAGUUGAGCUUUCCUCCUUUUAAUUCAAAUUUUUCGCUCACUGAAGUUACCACGGUUUCAAAGUCCUCACCACUACAAAAAAUCGAGUAAUCGUCCACAUAACGAAAAACCUUAAUAACCGAAUUACCUAAGGCGCCUUCCAAAAGUUUGUCGAUCUCACUAAGGUAUAAAUCACUAAGAACCGGAGCAACCUUAGAACCAAUACAUAUCCCUGAUUUCUGCACAUAAACGCCUUCCUUCUAACCUACCAGCGUUGACUUUAAAUACAUGGAAAGAAUUUCUAGAAAAGCCCCGGUAGAAACACCACAUUUAUCAUGGGAAACUGUCUCGUACCCUUGUUCAUUAAUGCAUUCAUUAACACAUUUCAACAAGUGCUCAUGUGGCAAGGAGCAAUAAAGGUCUUCAAUAUCCGUACUAAAAGCUUUACAACAGCGUUUGUGGUGUCCCGACUUCUUUCUUGUGUCCGUGUUUGCAUGCCCAGUCUUUUUAGAAAGGAUGUUUUCUGAUUUUUUUUAUUGGCUUAUUGCAUUAAAAUUCUAUUGCUAUGAAGCAGUUAAACACAAGGCUUGCUGUUGCUGGCUUGGACAAGAUUUGAAAGUGCUGAGUAUUGUUUCAGCAUGUCUGGUAGUUUGGCUGUCACUCCAUCAUUUAUAGGUACUUGCAGCAUGUUUACUUGUCCCUUUGGUGAAGUAAAAUUAGUAAAAGACAUUUUUGUAAUUACAAGGAUUAUUUCUGUAUUUGUGUUAACAUUAUUUUUUAGUAUAAAAGUCACUGAGUUGGCUUUGCGUGCCAAGUAAUCAUUGUUUUGUGGCACCUUGAAGAUGAUACAGUUAUGUGACUAGCAUCUUCUCUUAUUUAGCGAAAUAGGUCAGGGCCUUAUUAGUAUGUAAGCAGACUUACCUUGCAGACAAUCUAUACUGGCAACAUGCUUGCUAUGACACUGUGCCUGCAUUGCACGGUAUUUGCAUCUGCUUUUCAAAAACAUGGUAUUUGCAAAUAAUUUCUCAGAAAUCUUUUUUUCAUAUUUGCUUUUAUUUAUUUUCACAAGUUACUGAUUGGGCCAAAUAAUUUACUGAUUAGUAAUAGAGUUGAGAAGGCGUAAGUCAUCUUUUUGCUGUUCCAGAUGUUUUGUUGGAAUUCUAGCAGAACCUGCAAGCUUUCGAAAAUUUCAAAUUGAAUUUAUGUGCAGUUGAGGAACUCUUCUUGUUGUUAGGACUUUGUGACUACAGGAAGCCUUUUAAAGACGUAUAUGACAGGAGCUGGCUUUAUGUACCGACACCUGUACACUUUUUGCAAGGAGCCAUGAGGUAGGCCCUCCUUUGUUUGUUCUUUCAUUUUUGUUGUGACCACAGAUAGCCCCCUUUACCACAAGAUUUUGAUUGCACUGUGUUUACCUCGAUUUUGUUGACUUUUAGCCAUCUCUUUAUAUUGGACAAAAUUUUUGCCUUCAGCUUCUGCCGUAUGUUUGGUGUCAUAUGUCUAGAAAUGCUUGCUCUAGUUAAAGAAGUUCAAGAUUUCAGAAAUUUCACUGUGUUCUGAUCUCACCAUUGGGGAUCAGCAUUAAUUCACUGGCAGAAUAUUAUUAGCAUGCUGCCCAUGUAUACAUAUAUUCAAUAUCAUCAGAAUGGUCAUUUCAAACUAUUCCUUCACAAAUUUCUGUGGCACCAACCUUCCAGGUAUGCAGUGCCUUCUGGGGUGUCUGCAUGAUGUGCUGCAAUAUGAUGUGUAUGUCAUGCAUGAAAUGUUUAUAAAAACACUGCACAUUUUACACUGAUGCUGAUAUCUGAUAUAGUCUUGCUGCCUUUUGGUGAAGUCUGGGCACUCUUUAGAAAGCUUUUACCUAUAAGAUGUUAUUGUACUUAAGAUAUAACAGAGACAGUAAGAAUGGGGGAAAAAAUGAGUUUACUUAUUUACAGAUCAAUUCCUCUAUUUGGUGAGCUUCUUUGCACAUGGUGAUUUUCUUAGCUUGCCCCAGUAAACAUGAAGUGCAGAAGCGAACUUUACGACGUCUGAGCCUGGUUGGCUAGCUGCCUUGCGGGUCAAUUUCUGUGGUUGGCCCAUUCUGUUGCACAGAUUUUGCACCUUUUGAAAUGUGCGUGUUUAAAGGUUUUAAUCCUCUGGUCUCAGAUAUGGAUGCUCACUUUCAGCAGUGCAUACGAGCAGGGGUAGUGUGUACUUUAUUUUGAUAAAGGAAGUACGCAUGGUGUACCACUUUCAAUAACGCACAGCUAUUUGCACUGAACAUAAAAGUUAUGCCUUCUGAUUCAACAGUUCAAACACUACUCUGUAUUCUGAAAUAUCACAUAAUAUAGCUUGACAAGGACACCGAGAUGGAGUGCAAGUGAUAAUGUGGAGACUAUUGGCCAGUGUGCAGUGCUGAAUAUAUGUCCCCAUGGAUUUUUCAGUAGACGCAAGGGCAGCAUUUCUUCUGUCCCUCACAUAGUUGUCAAUGCUUUAUGUCUACGCACUCAUCACAAUAUUCUUGCUAUCAUAGUCAAGUUGUGCCACUUCUAUCGGUACUGUAGUCACCUAUAUGCAAUAUACAACUGUGUCUGGGUAAUUCUGUAUGUAGUUAGCCUGCCAUAUAGCAAACUACAAGUAAGGAAAACUUUUUGUUUUUCUUCCAGGUAUUGUUGUGGAGUGAUUCACUGUGAUUGUUUUAGCUUUAGUACAGAGUGCUGUGUUUAUGGUAUGUUGUGUGCAUAUACAUCUGUGGCAUACAAAUUCACAGAAAAAAGGAAAAAAAAUCCUUGUGCACCCUAAUACAGUCUAUCUUGUUUUUAUUAACAACCCAUUUAAUGAAUAUAAAUUGCUUAUUGAAGUGUUCCAAUGAUUUAUGGGGAAUUGUUAAAUAUUUUUUGGACUAUUACACUGGGUGUUUCUCAUGUUUGUUAUUCAUUAUAGUUACAUUUUACUUAUGUUUGCUUGUUCAUAAGCAGUAUAGGUGGUCUCUGAGUGAAGUUGAUUUUCUAAAGUGCAUGGGGGGUUGCUGGAAAGAAUUGGCAGCCAUAAUAGAAACUACUUGGCCAUAGUUGCCAUAUGGAUAUCUGGCAAGGUUUUAGAAGCAUGGUCUAUCUGUUGCGUUGUGUUUCUGAUACAACAAAAUAGGUGGACAAUGCUGUCAUGCAAGUCUAGUUUGUCUGCUGUCGGCCAUUUGUUUUGACAUAACAUUCUGUAUGAAAUAUUUUUAUAGGGUGUGAAGGAAGUGAUUGAGGGGACAAAUCAAUGGCCUGUGUUCCAUAUUGCAUACAUGGAAGAAAAUUGCAGUGCAGUUUUCAUUCAUCAAAACUGUUCAUGUUUGUGUAUAAAGUCAGCAGUACUUUUAUCACAUUGCCACUUUUUUAAUUUGCCUCUUUUUGUGCAUUUUAACAAAAAUGCUCUCUUUUUUUCUGUUCA